AAACAAUGCGCCAAAACGGUGAGAAGAAAGCGAAAGCUUAUUAGAAAACAAAACAAGUAUACAGUCAACAAUAGUAAUUAAGUAGAAUUGCAAGUAUAUAUAAAGAACCCACAAGAAAGCGAAGCAAAGAUCAACAAUCCCAGCCUUCCCCGGAUCGCUCGCCGCACCGAAAAGGUGGGUUUCUCACUAUAUGCAUUAGCACGAAAGAAGAGCUUGUCAACAAAAUCUCUACAUGCUUUAAUGGGCUGCUUAUGCUCAAAGAACACUAGGUGGACACCCGGAUACGAGGAGCCCACAGUUCUUGCGGCUGAAACACCUUUUACCGUGAGUGAAGUAGAGGCCUUGUAUGAGCUAUUUAAAAAAUUGAGCAGUUCCAUUAUCAAUGAUGGGCUUAUUCACAAGGAAGAGUUCCAGCUCGCACUCUUCAGGAACAGAAAUAAGAGGAAUCUCUUUGCGGACAGGAUAUUUGAUUUGUUUGAUAUCAAACGCAACGGGGUUAUUGAGUUUGGAGAGUUUGUUCGUUCAUUAGGUGUCUUUCAUCCAAAUGCAUCAGUAGCUGACAAAACUACGUUUGCAUUCCGAUUGUACGAUCUAAAGCACACUGGGUUUAUUGAGCGAGAUGAGUUGAAGGAGAUGGUGUUGGCACUCUUACAUGAAUCUGAUAUCGUUCUUUCGGAUGACAUUGUUGAAUUGAUUGUGGAUAAGACAUUCAAUGAUGCAGAUGCAAAAGGUGAUGGGCAGAUCGAUCAAGAGGAGUGGAAAGAGUUUGUAUCAAAGAAUCCGUCUCUGAUCAAGAACAUGACUCUUCCGUAUCUAAAGGACAUAACUUUAGCAUUUCCCAGCUUUGUGGUGAGCACUGAAGUUGAAGAUUCAGAUGUGUAGACAAAUAAAAAACAGUCUAUGAGUUGUUCAGAUCCUUAGUUUCUCAUGCGGUGGACAUCUCGAGUUCGACUGGAGUGGUUCUUCUCUGGUUCUGAUUGGCUAUGAAGACACGAGAAAGAACUUUCCUCGAUGACAGCUCAAAGCAGUGUCGUGAAGCCAGACUUAUCUUUGCAGCUUCUACAUGAUGUUUGUUCUCCUCAUGCAACAGCAAAUAUAAAGUUUUGUAAGUCCAUGUCUGCGGUUUCAAUCCGUUUUUGGAGUACUAUAGGUUGUUUCGUUGGCUUCACCAGCAGUUUCUGAAAUUAGAAAGUAAAAUACGCCUAUAAUGAGACACGGAUGUUCAUGUUCUCGUUCUUUGAUGUUACUGCACUUGAUUUCCAACACAUGAUGUAUAAAGUUUGGAGGAGUUGGAAUUGAUGCUUUCGGUAUGCGUUGAGGACUCGUCAGAAAUAUUUCUGAGUUUCUUGAUU